ACGACCGCAGACUUAUCGGCUUUGUCGGGGGCGUCACGGUUUCUCGUCAAAGCAGAAGCAGCUGCCUUUUUCACCGACACCCUGCGAGCACCGUUCCCUUUCUUCCUCCCCUCGGCUCUCCUCUGCUCCAAUGCGCUGCUCGCGGAGGGAAGUUGGGGCCGAAGUGGAGCAGAGACGCUGCGGAGCUGCGCGGCGCGUCUGUGUUUACUGCACGCAGUGUAAACAAUCGACAAGACGGACAACGAGAUAAAUAAAUCUAUCAGGGGGAAAUAAACGCCGCCUUCUGUGUGUCCCCUCCCGCGUUGGUAGCAGUAUUGUUCCUGUUCAGCCCCUUCCGCCUGCGCUCGCUCUCCACUCGCUGAACUUCAUGAUCUUCAACCAUCUCCUUCGCACAGGCAAUGAACUUGCUGAGAUGUACCGGAGAAGUGUUUUGGACGUGGCUGUCUUAAAAGACCACCUUGCUCUGAGGACGGACGCGGCACGGCAGGCGAUGUCAGUGAGAGAUGAUUUGAAGUGCCAGAUAAGAGACUUGAAGCAGGUGCUUUCUCAAGAGAAACUAGACACAAAGGAUAUCACUGCAGAUCUGAACCGUCAGUAUAAAUCCUUACAAAUGGACCUGGAAGCUAAAGUAAAACAGUUAGAAUCCAGUGUGUCGAUGCUUCAGAAACAGCUUGAUCAGUGUCAGGGUGAUUUAAAGACAGAAAGAGAGUGGCGAGCCCGAAUGGAGGAGGAAAAAGAUGCCCAGAUCGCUGACCUGCAAAGCAAGCUGGACAGUAUGGAGACGGAAUACGAGAAAAUCCUACAUGGCUGUUUGGACAGUUUGCUCUCACAUUUAGCUGUGGCUCGGAGACAGUGGGAGGAUGAGAGCUCGGAUGUUCAUCAGGAGUUCAAGGACAUGCUCACUGGGCUCGGGUUAAACCCACUAUACAUAUAAGGCAGACCCUAGUAUAACCCUAACCCUAACCCUAACCCUAACCCUAACCCUAACCCUAACAGUGGUUUUAAGAUCUAACUGUGUACCUUAAAUACAUUUUUCCCAGUGUAAAA